AUGCUCAUCAGCAUCAUUUUCCAAGCCGUCCUGUUUGUGGUUCAUGCUGUUGCAGCGCAGAAUUCGAGUUUCUCUAACCCUAUCCUACCGGGAUUUCAUCCUGAUCCUAGCUGUAUCUUUGUCGACGAGCUAGAUAGUACUUUCUUCUGCGUGACGUCAACUUUUCUAGCCUUUCCCGGGAUUCCCGUUUACGCCAGCAAGGAUUUGAAGAACUGGAACUUGAUCAGUCAUGUCUUCAAUCGACCUUCUCAAUACCCAGGUUUCGGAAAGGUCCUUACAGCAAGUAGCGAAGGUGGUAUCUGGGCACCAACGAUUAGACGCCAUGACGGCACCUUCUACGUUGCUGCCACUCUCGUGGACUACUACGAACCCGAGAAAAGGACUUUCAUAAAUCUUGUUUUCAACUCAACAGAUCCCUCCAACGACGAUGCAUGGUCUGAUCCCGUUGAAAUUGACAUGCACGGUGUGCAGGCGAUUGACCCCGACCUUUUCUGGGACGACAAUGGCCAAGCCUACAUGCUCACCGGAUGGGGCAAAAUAUACCAGUCUGCCGUGGACCUCCAAACCGGUGCGUCAUCGAACCCAAUGAAUGUCUGGAACGGCACUGGCGCCGAAAAGCCGGAAGGACCACACAUGUAUAGAAAAGAUGGAGUCUAUUAUCUCUUAGUUGCUCAAGGGGGCACUGGAAUUACCCAUAGCGUGGCAAUAGCGAGAUCUGAGCAUGUCUCGGGACCGUUCGAAGGGUAUACCGGAAAUCCGCUAUUAACGGCCAAGGACACGCAGAAUUUCUUCCAAUGCGUUGGCCAUGCGGAUUUGUUUCAGGACGCCAACGGAAGAUGGUGGGGAGUGGCCUUGUCAACGCGUUCAGGACCGGAAUAUCGAUCCUACCCUAUGGGCCGGGAAACGGUGCUAUACCCUGUCACAUGGGACGAUGAAUGGCCCAUAUUGGAUCCUGUCUAUGGGAACAUGGAAGGCUGGGAAAGACCAGGAAGCAACCAGCAACCAUCCAGUGAUCAACAUGCUACAGGGGACUCAGAGUCUGUGGACUUCAAGCCGGGAUCAUCCAUCCCUCCGCAUUGGAAGUUUUGGCGCUUUCCCGAAUCAUCAUCGUACACGAUCUCUUCUCCUGAACACCGUAAUUCCCUCGAGCUUGCACCCUCCAGCUCAAACCUCACUGGAACUUUGACCGAGGCCCAUUCUAUCACUUUAAUAUCCCGACGUCAAACCGCCAGUCUCUUCAAUUUCAGCGUGGAUCUUGAAUUCUCACCCACAGAGGCCGGAGAAGAAGCCGGCGUGUCCAUCUUCGUCACUCAACUCCAACACAUCGACUUGAGCAUCCAACUAGCCACGAAUGGAAGCCAGGUCCUGCGUCUUCAGACCACAGCAUACGGUAAGCCAAAUCUGGAACCUCCAGCACCGAGAACGUUAAAUAUGCCCCGAUCGUGGAUCGGAGAAAGGUUGCGUAUAUACAUCGAGGCGACGGACCCGACAAUCUAUUCAUUCCAUGUGGCACGUGCCAAUGAUCCGUUGGAUGUGAGGCAAUUCGGCAACGUCAGUGCGGAAUAUGUGACUGGUGGUAGUGGGAGCUAUACCGGCACCCUGCUUGCUGCGUAUAACACGAAUAACAACGGAACUGGUACUGCAAAAGCAUGGAUCAGUCGUUGGAGAUAUGUACCACUAGCCCAGGAAGUUGCUAGAGGUGUUUUUGAGCCCGUGAAUAACGCUUAG